GGAUGAGGGUAUUCAUGUAAAUGCAACUCUUAGGUGGUGGUCCUUUGCUGCCACCAAUAAGAUGUGCUGCUGCCUCUUCCCUCCUGCUGAGUUCCUAAACCGAAACAAGGAAGGAAGAUGAGUGUUGCAAGUGCAUUUGCUACAACUAACAUGUUCUUCAUCGUAUAUUUUCUCACGUUGCUGCUCCAAACAAAGGUGUCAUGCUUGCAGUACAAGGUUGGAGACUUGGAUGCUUGGGGGAUCCCCGCCUCUUCAAACCCAGACGUCUACACCAAAUGGUCCAAACAUCACAAUCUCAAGAUCGGAGAUUCCAUCUUGUUCUUGUAUCCACCGAGUCAAGAUUCAGUGAUCCAAGUAACAGCCGAGUCUUACAAGAGUUGCGACCUCAAAGAUCCCAUACUGCACAUGAACGACGGUAACUCUCUGUUCAACAUAACUUCGAACGGAGAGUUCUACUUCACGAGUGGAGUGGCAGGCCAUUGCCAGAAGAAGCAGAAGCUUCGUAUAGUUGUCGGUGACGGAAAUGGCGUCACGCCGUCUGACGCUCCCACUGCUGCAUUGCCGGAAAACGCCGCAGACGCGCCUUCCUAUCCCACCGUGUUUGGAAGCAUUCCAGUUACUGCUUCUUCUUCUGCUCCUUCUUCGUUGUCGUCUUCUGCUCUCUCUCUGUUCAUCUAUGCUCUUCUUGGAUUUGCCGUCUCCUCUCUGCUUUGAUGAGAUUCUCAUUUUGUAUUUCAUUUGUGAAAUUCUUUUGGCAUAUAGUACGAUUUUGUAUGUCGUAAUUCUUUGGGCAUUGAAAUGUGGAAGCGAUCGUGAUUGGAGGGAGCACGUCGGAGAGAUUUCUUA